AUGUUUUACGUUUUCUACGUGAAUGAAGGUUCUCUGAAGGCUUUAGAAGUAUCUGUUGCACUUGGCUCGGUUCACAAACUACAAUGUGUUAUCGAAGAAAUAACUCAGGUGCCCGUUGCGGAGCAGGCUUUGCUUGUUUCUGGUGGAGAAGGAUUGCAGUCGGAAAAGCAGGUGUCACAUUAUCAAGGAGCUGGUACGGAGUCAAAUCCACUGUUCCUGUUUCGUAAAUUAUACAGAGAAGAUGGUCAGGGCAUAGAGUUGGCAAAUAAUGAUGAGUUGUACACAUUAUGUUCGGGUUUAUACGAUGAACUUCAUGUUCUUGAUAGCUCAACAAUAUCAAGGCCAUUGAUUACGCGCUACUGUGACGCUGGGCGAUUAGGACUAAAAGUUGCUGAGAGGUGUUUGCAGCUUUGUGCUCGUUUAGUUCAAGAUCAUCAGCUUUUGCAUCAAGGGUGGUUAGCACUGAUAUCUAAUCUUUACGAUUCACGAACUCAAAUUGAAAAAAAAUCGGAGCGUUUUCUAUCUCGCUACGAACGUUUGAAAACAAUGAAAAUUAAAGCAGAAACUCUAUUACAAGAUUUUGAUAAUGUUCUUCGUACUUUGCAACAAAUCAAAAUUCCCUCAGCUUUAUUGUCGAAUUCAUAUAAAUUGCAAGGAUCAUCGAAGAUUGCUGAGGAAUGCACACUGUACGAGUAUAUUGCUCGUGCUGAUCCACAAAAUUCGUUAGAAGAAAUAUCGGAGCAAGUUAAUAUGCUGUUGUCCAAGACAAGCGAUACCGAAUAUAAACAGGUGAUAUCUAACAUGAGAUAUGUCAGUGAGGAAGUGAGUAAUCCUGAAAUACGUAAUAUUCGUGGUAUAAAUACUCGUCUUACGCAGUUGGAUGCAAUGUUCCACAGUAAAGAGCAGGAAACAAAAGUGCUAAAGGAUUUAUGUUUCGCUGUGUCACAAUUAGCUGUUGAUUCGCAGUGUACCAAAGAUAUUGUGUUAAAUCAGCGGGAAAAAAUGUUCAAAGUCAAGAAGUUAAUUGAACAGAUGCAGAAGAUGGGGAAAGCUUUUCAACAAUCCAAAAUCGAAUUACUAAACAACAUUAGAACAAGACUUCGGGGAUGGAUAUUGCAGGUGUAUGAUAGAUUGCAUGCGACGAACAAUCAGAUAAUUUUAUUUGAAGAAAAAUAUAUUGCUUUGCGGAACCGACUAGAUAUUAUUCGACAAGUAAAAGAGAGUCCAAUAAUGUUUGCCACGGCGCUCACUGAAUGUCUUCGUCGAAGUGUACUGCAACCAGAAUUUGAAUCGUGGUUUACUUCGUUUAUGGAAAAAAGUGUUGCUUUGGUCACGGAAGAAACAUCUGUACGCGAACUAUUCAAGCAAAAAUUAGGACGACAUUUUCUGAAACAGUUAUUUCCGGGCAUGUUCGAUAAUUUUCCAAACUUUGCUCCCAGCGGCGUGGCACAUUUUGACAAAAACUUGCCUCCUGUAACUCCGGCGGAUUUGAGAACUUUGAGACAAGCUGUUCCGUGUCUAGCAAAUUUGCUAAAAGUGACAGAUCCCUUCAUUUAUCAGCGACUUUCUGUCAGAGAUCCACGAAUUGUAUCAGGUUCACAAAUGACUCCUCCACUUUUAAAAAGAGAAGAAUCAUUCUAUACUACUGAUGCUACAAUUAAUGUUGCAAAUUUGAACAAAAAUUUCCCAUCUACGCAAUGGUUGAGUGGUGACGAAAAUUUGGAUGCUUUACCUUCAAAUGCAACAAUGCUAGCUAAAUCACCACCCUCACGAUUUGGGUCAACGUUAAGUUUGGAUAUGGUGGAAGAAUCUCCUGCAAAGCCACUUAAUUCAUUUGCAUCCCUUUUUGAUGCCUCACAUCAUGAGAUUGUGGAAACUGAGGUCAAGAAUGGAAGUAAAACGUAUUCGAGCUCAAGUGUUACACAAAGUGAACCGAUCGCUAUACCUCAGAGUAAUGCAUCUGUUAUUGAGGUUGUUGCGCCAUUAGUCGAAGAAGAAAAUUCAGUGAAACCGAAGUCAGAUAAGUCCAGUCAAUUUGGCACGCCUGAGGAUCAUACCAGUUACGAGCAGAGGAUUGCGAAAGUUUUUGAAAGAUCUCAAUGUGGAAGUCUGAUUUGUUUACAGAAUGGAUUGAAAAAGCUUUCGCUGCAGCUGAUGUAUUUAAAGCAGGAUUUUGUUCUUGCUGAAAAUCAAACCAAAGAAUACUCUGAUGAGGCAUUGAAGCGAAUAAACAACUCUUUAAUUACGUUUGUUGGAUACAGAAACAUAGUUCCUGUCUCUGAUCAGGCCAGUAAGCCUGUUUGCAAGGACGUCGCUACUGAAACUGAGACAGGGCUUAAGCUGGAACAGUCAUUCUCAAUGGAUGAUGCUGACGAAUUAUCGGGAAAAGAUGUCCUUGUUUUUGAACUCCGGCAAGUGAUUGAACUUCAGAAGAAAGAAAUUUCACGACUUCGUGAACAGCAAUUAAGUGCGGAAAAUACUGUUGCUAAAAUGGAAAUCGAAAGAAACCAAAUGUAUAAAAUUUUAAUUGCUGACCACGAGUUGGCUCUGGAACGUAAAUUUUCGUCCCACAGUGAAGAAAUAAAGAGAAAGAAUGAGGAAAUUGAUUCACUGAAAACAACCUUACAUAAACUUCAUGAAAGCGUUGUUUACCAUGUUGAAAAUGCCGCUGGCACAAUUGCGAACGAAGAAACUGAAGUUAGUUGCGGAAAGGAAUGCAAGGAAAAAUACACAACUGCUUACGAAAACUCUUUGCUUGGUAGAGUGCCAGUUGAAAUGAAAGAGAGUUGUUCGGUUGCGUCUAAGUUAAUUGAUUCGCAAGACGAUGGUGCUGUUAGUGUACUUAAUGACCUUUCUUCCAAAAGAUAUCCAUUGAAGUCUUUUACUGUUAGUCGUGCAGCUAUAAAUAUGACACAAUCCUCAAAAGUGAAGAGUGAAGAAAAAGAUUCGGAAAGAAAUGAAAACACAGAUGAUGACCUGAGGGUUCAGGCAGAUUCGGACGAAGAUAUUGCACCAGUUACGGUGAGACCAGCUACUGCUCAAACAGUUAUAUCAUUACGAGAAAUGCGAACAAUGAUUACAGUACAGGACAUUCAUGAGUACUGUGCUGUUUUGAUUGUUUGGAGUGAACCACAUAACGCCUAUAUAUUGUUUAGUGUUUCACCAAUAUUUCACUUUGUCAAAGAAAGCAGUUUGAAACGCAUGGGGGUAAAAUGGGACCGACAGUCAGUAGCCGCCGCUACAGUUGGUCAACGUCCUAACUGGCUAAUGGCAGUAACUACCCGUCUAGAAUUAUGCAAAAUACGUAAAACAGACAAUCGUUACAAUUUGAAAGUCGGGACGAAAUUUUACCGGGUGGAGGUAGAACCACUGCAAAUAGACUCAUCGAGUAUUCGACGACAGGCUGAUGAGUAG